AUGGGAAAAGAAAAACCAUGUAUUAAUAUUGUAGUCAUUGGUCACGUUGAUGCCGGAAAAUCAACAUUGAGUGGACAUUUAAUUUAUAAAUGUGGUGGAAUUGACAAGCGUACCAUGGAGCUUUAUGAGCAACAAUCUGCUCAAAUGGGAAAGGGAACUUUCAAGUUUGCUUGGGUCAUGGACAACCUCAAGUCUGAGCGUGAGCGUGGUAUCACGAUCGAUUGCUCUCUCAUGAGAUUCGACAUUGACAAGUACGAUGUAACAAUCAUCGAUGCCCCUGGUCACAAGGAUUUCAUCAAGAACAUGAUCACUGGAUCGUCUCAAGCCGACUGUGCAGUGCUCGUAGUGUCCUCUGUCAAGGGUGAAUUCGAAGCCGGUAUUGACAAGAAGGGUUCGACUCGUGAGCACGCUCUCUUGGCCUACACCCUUGGUGUCAGACAAUUGAUUGUCGCCGUCAACAAGAUGGACGAUGAGAAGACCACCAACUACUCUGAGGCUCGUUUCAAUGAGAUUGUCAAGGAAACUUCAAGUUUUAUCAAGAAAAUCGGUUACAAUCCCGAGAAGGUUCCAUUCAUUCCACUCUCUGCCUGGAAUGGUGACAACAUGUUGGAAAAGUCCACCAAGAUGCCAUGGUACAAUGGUCCAACUUUGUAUGAAGCUCUCAAUUCUAUUGUCGAGCCAAAGCGUCCAGUUGACAAGCCAUUACGUCUUCCCAUCCAGGAUGUCUACAAAAUCGGUGGUAUUGGAACAGUGGCCGUCGGUCGUGUUGAAACAGGAGUCAUGAAGGCCGGUCAGCCAGUCGUGAUUGCGCCAGUCAACAAGGUCUUGGAAGUCAAGUCGAUUGAGCGUCACCACGUACAAGUCGAUCAAGCCAUUCCAGGUUUCAACGUUGGUUUCAAUCUCAAGAUUGGUCACCGUGAUAUCUGCCGUGGAAUGGUGGUAGGUGACACUGUCGAUCCACCAGCAGAAUGUGAAAGAUUCGUAGCACAAAUCAUUGUGGUCAAUCACCCCGGUCAAAUCCAUGUCGGAUACACCCCGGUCGUUGAUUGUCACACCUCACACAUUGCAUGUCGUUUGGUAAACAUUAUUGAUAAAGUUGAUCGUCGUAGCGGUGCUGUCAUUCCCAAGGAUGAGAAUGAACCGUUGUUCUUGAAGACUGGUGACAGUGCAAUGUGUGAAUUCCAACCAACCAAACCAAUGGUUGUUGAGCCUUUCUCUGAGUACUCUCCACUCGGUCGUUUCGCCAUCCGUGACGGUGGUUCCAACGUUGGUGUAGGUGUCAUCAAAUCUGUCACCAAGAAGCAAGCUGUCGUUGCCAAGAAGAAAUGA